CCCAGAGCCUUACCUCCCCUGCGAAGCGGAGAAAACCGCGGUUGGAUUUCAUCCGGUCGACUCAGUUCCGAGAUAAGUAAAGUCAGGGAAAUCGGGGACCCGUUUUUGGCUCAGUCGUCCAUCUUGGCUUCCGUUGGGGGGUGUUAUUGUGAAAUAUAAAUAAUAAAUUUGGGGAAAGUAGACAGCUAGUGUCCACUUCCGAGGAGGGGACUGGGGGAAGAGAGAAGGAAACAAACUCCGCCUACCUCUUGGCCCAGGCCAAGGGGAAAAGAAACAAAGUCGACUCUCCCCAGACACUUUUAAUGUAUCAUCGUGUGAAUUUAUCUUUUAAAGCUCUCCUCUUUAUUUAGCGGUAGGUGUAUUGAAGCAAUUGUAAAAUAAUAAUAAUACAAUUUUAAAAAAACUUUACGUCAAGAAUAUAUGCGCACAGUCGAACGCAAACCACGAGAUAAAUGAGGGUUAAUGGGUGUGCUUGACAGUGUAACAUAUCCGUAAAGUAAAUAUUGUAUUUUGUAACAUGAGAACGCACGUUUCCACGCCAUCUUCUGCGCUGUAUGCUACUAAUCUGAUUUGGAUCGUUUUUAUUGAGUUUGUCUAUGCGCUGCCAUCACAACCUACAUUGAAUUGGACUGAGAAGCAACAUUUUUGUCGAGAUGCCUUCGAUGUUACCCAAAACCAUUACGUAAAGCCAUGUUUGCGUCAGGAGCCUGUCGGUCAAGAGCCAAUCAAAGAAGCCUAUUUUGGGCGGACUAUUUGAACGUGACAAAGUGCAGCUCGUUGAUUGGCUAAUAGAAACGUCAAUCUGGAGACAGUCGUCUUUUGUUCAAGGUCGGUGAUAGUUGUAUUUCAAUUCCAGGGGUAGUUUUCGUCAAGGUGAUAAUAUACUGAUACCAUCAUCUACCGUGGUAUCAUGUUCAUGAUUAUGUUAUGACGUAAGUCUAAAUACAACUAUGACAACGUCCACUUGAAUGUUUUUUUUUGUUCCGCUACGACCAGAGGCGAGUUCUAUUCUUAUAGCAAUUCCAUGAUUGGGUGUUCUCCUGUGACGUCAUUAGAUGGGCGUAUGUGUUAGCAACAUCAACAAAGAGCAAAACGAGAAAAGAAAGAGAAUGAGGACUGACUGACUGCAGGAAAACCAGAAGGAAUACAACAGAUAUGUGGAUAUAAUUUGCCGCAACAGUGAGAAGACUUGAGUGCCAGCUGAGACAUGGAUGCCUUCAAACUGAUGAAGGAGCUGCGGGCAAACUAUGAGCUGGAGGUCUAUUAUCUCCCGAAGGAGACAGGCCUGAGUCUCAUUGAGUCCACUAAUCAGAACGAUGGGCGGAUCUCAGCCAAGUGCAGAGAUGCCAAAGUGGAGGACUUAUGGAGCCUGACCAGCUUCUUUGGCUACACCACACAGACCUUCGUCCUGGCUGUUAACCUGCUUGACAGAUUCCUGGCCAUGAUGAGGAUCCAACCAAAGCACUUGUCCUGCGUCAGCUUGAGCUGCCUCCACAUGGCCGCCAAAGUGACGGAGGAGGAGUGCGACCUCACGUCCACGGACGAGCUCAUCCGCAUCGGACAGUGCCGCUUCAGCGUGUCCGACCUCGGCCGCAUGGAGAAGAUCAUCGCAGAUAAACUCGACUUCAAGUCCAAAUCCGUCACGGCCUUGACCUUUCUGCACCUGUACCAUCAGAUCGCACUGUCUCACUCCACAGAGAGGAAGGAGACGUUGAGCCUGGUGAAGCUGGAGGCUCAGCUUAAAGCCUGCCUGUGUCGGAUCUCCUUCUCCAAAGCUAAGCCUUCCGUCCUGGCCUUGUCCCUGCUGAGACAGGAGAUCGAAGCCAUUCAGUCGGAGGAUAAACUGGAAAUAGCCCAUCACAUCCAGAGGCACCUGAAGAUUGCAGACAGUGAACUCCUGCUGUGGCGUGGUCAAGUUGCUCAGUGCUUGUCAGACUACGCCUCGCCAGAGUGCAGCAAGCCCAAUCAUAAGAAACUCCAGUGGAUCGUGUCUCGCAGGACUGCCCAGAACCUGCACAGCAGCUACCGCAGUGUACCCGAGCUGCCCACCAUCCCCGAGUGCUGUUGGGAUGAGUGUGAGAGUGAGGACUCCUGCGAGGACAUGAUGAGUUCGGGCGAGGACUCCCUCAGCAGCUCACUGGGCAGCGAUGGCGAAGGGCCGUUCUUUCCAGCGCACCUCCGCCAAUACCUCGACGCCUGAUGCCUCCGCCGUACGUCACUGUGCCUCGCCCCACCCCAAAAAUUUUACUUUUAAUUUAUUGUCUAAUUCGCUCCGGUGCUAGAAGUGAAUGAAUUGCACAACAACUGGCAGCUGAGCAGACAGGAGUUUCUAGAUUUUUUUGUUAGAUGUGUUGGUGGUACAAGGUACAUUCCAAGAUACACAAUUGGUAGAAGACACUCUGGUUGGGGUGCAAGAACUGCACCAGAUCAGAGGGGGAAAAAACAUGGCCUGGUUGUUGUCAAGAACUUAAAUUUACCAAAAUGUGGCAUGUAUUGAAAGUGUUGACUGUUAUUAAUAAAAGAUGAGUCGGUUUACUGAUCCACACAAGUUGAGGGCAGCUGCAAUUAUAAGUAUCAGGACUUGAUUUAGUUGCGUUUCAAAUCCCCCCCCCCCCAUUACUUUAGAUUUCGAUACAAAAAAAUUAUAAUUUAGUCCAAAUUCUAACAAGUACUGACACGUUGACUGAAAAUACACUGAUAGCAAUAAAGGUAGAAAAUAAUGAAAUGUGACCAUUUAGUUGCAAAUAAAUGUCCAGAUUUGACAGAAUAUUUUGACUGCAACUGCCCUCACCUUCCAACUUUAUUUUGCACAGUUUAUUUUUGUAGUUUGUGUGUUGUAAGCAGUAUGUCUUUGGGGAAAACAGACGUGUGACAAAUGUUUUUUUUUUUUUUUUUUUUAAUUAUUAUUCAAUAUUUUUGUUGAAACUCUCCUGAGGCCAUUUGCUCAAAGUUGAGCAAGCAGCACUGACUCUCCCUGGAGGGUCAAAAACACUGUUAACUAAUUUAGUGACCCUGUAAUUUGUGAUGAUGUUCAUGUUUGUUUGACCCUGAGUUUGAAGUUGCCAGUUUCGGGAUGUAGCUUAAAAAAAAUGUUUUUAAUAUUGUCCAAGAGGAAUGUGUGGAACAAACUAAUGCUGAGUUAAAAGUUGUUAAAAAAAAAAAAAAAAGUACAAAAAUGUAAAAUUGUAAAUGAUGUACAAAAAAAAAAUCUGUUUAUAGUUCCUUGUAGAUAUUACGUUAAUUUAUUUUGUCACAUGUACUGAAAAAAAACAUCUUAUAAAAAAAAAAGAAAAAAAAAAAGGUUAUUUUUAAACUCUCGUUGGGUUUUCUCCAUGUCUGACCUACAGCGAACCAGCAGGUUGGCUCAUUAACAAAAUAAAGAAAGACACACUGUAGAUGACUGCACUUCCACAGCAGAGUUAUUCAUUUCAUUUUCAUAGGCAGGUUACAAUGUGCAAAGUGUUGCGCUGCUUUGACUGGAUGUGUGGAGGAGGAACAGAACGUGCACAGGAGACACUGAUAUUUUAACCAGGUUUAUGCUGCAGGAUGUUUUUCAACGCCAUUUUAGCAACACGACUGGCCAUCAGGUCAACACAAUGGAGCUGCAACUACAGGUGUAAUGAUUAACAAAUUGAUCAAAUUAAUCUACUUUCUAUCAUUUGAAAUAUUUGGAUAAACAAAUUUCGGGACCAUGUUUAACUCAAAAUUGUCAAUCCUUGGAAAUUCUGCCUCUCAACAGUAAAUAUUCUCAGACUUUCUGUAGUCCUAUGGAACUAGACUGAUUAUCUGUAUUUAAUCAAAAGACAUUUGCAAACAUCUUUUACUUUGGAAAACAAUCAACAAUUUUGCUUAUUUUCUGACAUUACGGAUCAAACUGAAUCAUAAUGGAUUUGUUUUUUCCAUUAUCUGCACUGUCAAUUUGAAAUGUCGUUUUUUGAUAAAAGGAUGGAAUAAAUGUUUUUAAUCAGAUUAAUCGAUUAUUAUAACAAUUGCUACUUGCAGCUCUAGUUGCAAGAGAAGCCGAAUCAGUAACUGAUGUUCCUAACCAACUAUACAGAUUUGUGAAAACAUGACUAAAAACCCAAUAAAGUGUCUACAAUCAUGAUCAGUAUGAGAAGAAAAACUUGUUGCGAUGUAAAAUUAGUACCCAGAAUAAACUUAAGUAGCACCCGCCGCCCGUCUUAACUGGGUUUGCAGCCUUGUAACUAUAAAAAAGACCCCCCUCCCUGCAGAUGAGAAUUUAUGCAGAAGGUAACAAAAUCGCUUUGAAUCUGUUGAACUGACUGAACUAUCUGAUGAAAUCGUUACUUAAAAUAGGCAGAAGAAACUGUUAACACUUUUCUCUUUAAAAUGUGUAUUGACAAA